UCCAAUAGGAAGCCGAUCAAAACGACAAAAAGAAAAGGGAAAAUGUGACCCGAGAGGGAGGGAAAACAAAAACCCCAAAACCCUAAUACUCCUCCUCCGGUCCUUCUUCUCUGUUCCUUCGUUUCCGUCUCUUCUUCAGCGAGCUAUCUUGCUCACAUGAGAUUGUCUCCUGGGUAGUUCAAAUUCUGCAUUUUUCUGUCUUGUUCCGUGAUCAGAAAAGUACAGUAGCGGCUUGGUGGGUUUCCAUGGCGAGAAUUCUCCGAAACGUUUCUUCACUGCGGCGCUCUCUUUUCGCGUCGGAGGUCUGUACAGGAGGAAUAGUUGGAACAUCGUCUCAGCUCCGAGGUUUUGCUUCUAAAGGCAAAAAGGGAUCCAAGUCAGAUGGAAGUGAAUCAUCUGAGGAUGGCAUGUCCAAAAAGGAGAUUGCACUUCAGCAAGCGCUUGAUCAGAUAACGAGUUCAUUUGGAAAGGGUUCGAUUAUGUGGCUUGGUCGUGCUGUUGCUCCUAGACAUGUUCCAGUGAUCUCCACUGGAUCUUUUGCCCUUGAUAUGGCAUUGGGAGUUGGUGGCCUUCCCAAGGGGCGUGUUGUGGAGAUAUAUGGUCCCGAAGCAUCUGGAAAAACCACGCUUGCUCUGCAUGUUAUUGCAGAAGCUCAAAAACAAGGAGGGACCUGUGUCUUUGUAGAUGCUGAGCAUGCUCUCGAUUCAUCAUUUGCUAAGGCAAUUGGCGUAAACACAGAAAAUCUGCUUCUUUCGCAACCCGAUUGUGGUGAACAGGCCCUUAGUCUUGUGGACACCUUGAUCCGGAGUGGUUCUGUUGAUGUUAUUGUUGUUGACAGUGUAAGUAAGGUUGCUGCUCUUGUUCCUAAGGGGGAACUCGAUGGUGAGAUGGGUGAUGCCCAUAUGGCUAUGCAAGCCAGACUGAUGAGCCAAGCUUUACGUAAAUUGAGCCACUCUUUAUCAUUAUCACAAACUCUUUUGAUCUUUAUAAAUCAGGUGAGAUCGAAACUAUCCACAUUUGGAGGUUUUGGGGGUCCUCAAGAAGUUACUUGUGGUGGUAAUGCCUUAAAGUUCUACGCUUCUGUGCGUCUAAAUAUCAGGAGAGUUGGAUUCGUCAAGAAAGGCGAAGAGACAACGGGAACUCAAGUUGCUGUCAAGAUUGUGAAGAACAAACUUGCGCCGCCGUUUAGGACAGCGCAGUUUGAACUUGAGUUUGGCAAGGGAAUCUGCAAGGCGACCGAGAUCAUUGACCUGGGAGUAAAACACAAGUUCAUCUCAAAAGCCGGUGCCAUCUACUGCCUCAACGACAGUCAGAAAUUCCGAGGGAAGGACGCGUUGAAAAGAUUCCUGCUUGAGAAUGAAUCUGCGUUAGAAGAGCUAAUCAACAAGCUCAGACAGAAGCUUCUCGACGACGAAACGACACCUAAGGAAUCUGAACAGGAGGAAGAUCCUCCCCAAGUUGUGGUUCCAUCUGAGGCAAUGGAUGAUGAAACGAACGUUGCUGCAGUUGAAGCAUGAUGUGUAUGAUCUAUAAUUUUCAAUCUGGGUUUGGUUCUUCUCUGGUUUAGAAUCCUGGGCUCGGUUUAAUCUUGAUCCUGGUUCGGGUUCCAACUGUCUCAAGGUCUCUCUGUCUCAUGUCUGCUUGUAACCUUAGAUGUAAGAGAAGUUGCAUCAAUACGAAUUAGAUCGUGUUCAGGCCCUUCUAAUUAAGGAAAGGAGUAUAUUUUCUGCCGGUUCUUUA